CAAAGAACGCUCGGCAGAAAUUGCGAGUGAGCUCCGCUUUGAGGUCUGGACUUCCUCACGGGCCUCGCCACGACCCACCCCGCUCCGUGCAAGGAAAACUUAAUGGCGAAAACUGAAGACCCUUCCCUCCUCGGAGCUUCCACGGGCCGCCACCUGGCCAGCGCAAGAGAUGGCGGCACGCCCCCUUCUCGUGAGGGGGGCGCCGGGGCGCGACUCGUGCUGGAUGAGACGACCUGCUCCCACGGGGCUGCGCACCACGCCGGCGCUGGCACCGAGGAGAGCUAUGAUCGCACGCGCACGCGUGCCGAGCAGACGCUCGCAGGAACGACGGAGACCUCCGCCACCGAGAAUCCAUCGGGGGGGCCGUGGCCGACCCUGGACCCGACAGUUAUUCCACAUGCGACAGCGCCCGCUGCCAGCCGCACGAUGCGCGCCCGCGCCGUCUGGGAACCGGGCACUCCUAUAGGCAUCCCCCAAACGGCGCUGGCGCGAGUCGUGACGUGACCGGCCCCCCCCUGUCAUGCCCGCUCUCGCCAAGAGGUGAAAACAAAUCUCCUGGACGGUGGCAGGCCCGAGCGUCACCCAGUGUCACACGACGCCCCACGAUCCCGCCCUCUCUUCCUGCGGCAGUGGGGGGAGGCGAGGAGGCGAGGCAGCGCAGCUGCGCGAUACCGAGCGCAACUCUUCAGGCCCCCCCGCGGCGCGCCACAACGAAGGCGGCACGGCGAAGGCGGCGGCACUGCCGGGGAGGCCUUCCGAGAAGGCUUCCCUCGGUGAAGGACAAGCGCAUGAGCAGCAACGCUCGGGGCUCGCACGAGAAAAGGUCUCAUAAGAAGAAACACACCAUGAAGAUACACUUUUGGCGCUCCGAGCGG